GCUGUUAAUCAAGUGUUGGUAUCGAAACAUCGGUUCGUUAAAUAAUACUGCUCGGUCCUAGCAUCGAAAUUGAGGAACCAUUGCCCUACAACACCCAUUUCACGACCUCGACGAGUCACUAUCUAACGGCGUGGCAUGAACAAAGUUCGGAUUCGGGGUUGAUCGAGUACGGCCUAGCAAUCUAAUUAUAUUUCUUUUUGAGAAACGAUAUAGGCUUUACGAGAAGGAUUUCAGACCACGAGGUGGAAACGAUGACGGGGCGCUAUUUACAUGUUCGUGGCCACGGACAUGGCCAUCACCCUCUCCAUUCGAGGGAUCUUCCCUCAGAUGCUGAAGGACAUAACCCGCUGGAGGCCAGUGGAGUGAUAGGUGACCAUGGCACAGGGGAUGCGAAUGCUAUAGGACGAAUUACGGCGAGAGAGAAUAAUCUUGAUGAGAAGCCAGUUGGCAGCACGAUGACCAUUCCCAUCAUUCUAGGUAUUUGCAUUCCUCUAGGCCUUGCGCUUCUAGUUUUGGUGUACCUACACCAUCGAACUACCGUUAGACAAAGGAAAGAAGAUGAGACAGACAAGUACAAGUCUAUGGACUUCGGUCUUGACGGCCCUGUACCUGGAAAGGGAAAUAAGAGACGGAGCGCUAUGUUCGGAAAGGAGAAGGACCCGGGCCACAAAGUCCAGCUUUCCAUGGACUUGAACCUUUCCAGCCCCUAUCUACUCCCGCCAAAUAUGCAAAACUCACGGGAGUCCCUGAACUCCUUGGCGAAGAGCCUACACCAAAAUGAGGACCCGUACCGGCCUGUCACCCAGUAUGCUGGUAGUGAUGUUGCCUCGAUGCGCUCUAUUCCAAAGGGAGCUAACCGAAACUCUUCGGGACGUUCCAGCCUUGGUCGUGACUCCACACAGAAUCGACCUUCCAUCGCUAUCAGCGAAUACCCGCCCCGCCAGAAGUCUCUCCCAACGUCUCCUCUCUCGCCGUUACCUCCUGCAGCGCUGCCCCCGCAGCUUCGUGAGCCAGUUGGAGCACUGCCUCCUCUACCAGUGAAGAAUGAAUUCCGAUUUGUUGACGAUUCCACGGCUAUGCCCCAAGUCCCUGAAAUUCAGGAACCAGUACCCGCGGCGCUGAUUUCCCCUUCCAGCUCUCGACCCAUCUCAAAUGAAUCAGCCAGAUCGAACGGUGGGCGCGGAGAUUCUAUGACCCAAGGUUUAGGUAUUAUGGACACCCGUGCUUCCCAGAGCUCUGUGGGUUCGUCGCCCAGGAACACGGGCCUACGUUCCGCCAAUACACCACCGCCGAGAAAUGAAUCACUUCCAGCUGGCCCAGACUUUGCGAUCGAAUUCAAUAACUACGCAGCGAAUAUCCAGCUCAACGGUCCAGACCAUGAGGCAGCUGGUAAUGCUGGUCAACAAGAGCAUCCACUAUCAGCUGGGUUAGGUGUACCUGCGCAAGAUAACAGGAGGUUAUCCGUCGGUUUACGUCCUCUACCACCUGACGAUUUUCUCGAGUCAGAAGAUCCCGAGUUUAGAGCCAACAGAAUUCGUUCUUUCUACAAAGAAUACUUUGAGGAGACGAAGACAGACUCGGGGAAGCCCCCGCCUCUUCCUCAAAACGCAGCUUACCACAACGACGACAGCAACUACCUCGGUGACACUGCCUUUUUUGACCCUGACACGAAUGCAUUUGUUAUGCCCUACGCGCAACCUGUUACUCGCCGUGCAAUGACCCCGCCUCCACGCAACAGACGACCAAUGCCUGGCCCCGGUCCCCAUGGACCUAAUGGACAUGGUCCUCACGGAAGCAUGGGCAUGCCAGGUGGACCGCGUGGAAGAUCUAGGGCAGGAUCAACAUCAAGCCACAGAUGGGCACCGAUGAGCCCGCGUCCGGAUUCUUCUGCCUCCAACCCGCGUAUGCCAAAUGGAAAACCACGAAAACCGAUGCCCCCUCCUGCUCCUCUCAGCACACUGCCUACGCCCUCUAAGCUGAGAGAUGACUCGUUUGCUAUCCUGGGAGCUAUCGACUUCGCCCCCCCUCCUACUUUCAAGGAUGUAGCAGCUGGUCGGUCACAGAGCCCCGUUGGCGAGCGUAAACCAUACGUCUUAAACACUCCCAUCCACUCACCGUUAGUGAGUGCCUUUGACGACACUCCAGCGUUGCCCAGCCCACAUCUUCUACGUAAAUCAGGAACGUUUACUGCCCUUGACUUCGCCCCCCCGCGUAGGUUCAAGGACCCCGACACGAUGAGUGACGCGGGCAGUGUGGUUAGCAACCAUAGCGGGAUAUCAUCAUCUAACCUCAGCGCUAUCCGUGGAGGUGCUGGAAGAGUCAGUCGCUUGCCUGGUGAUACCGUCUUCACCCAGGCUUCUAUGGGCGAUACGCUCAAGCCGUCGUGGGCGAUGAGAGACUAAAGCAAGGCUGUCAGCCUAGAGUUGGACACAUAGGAACUUCGAAUGUGGCAAGGCCAUCCGUCUUGUAUAUCUGAGCAAUAUAUACCGUUAAUGCCCUCUUUUUUUCUUCGAUUCCGGAGUAGGUAGUCUGGAAACCAAUCAUGACCG